AUGUCGACUACAUCUCGAGUCAAGGAACAACCCUACUUUGUGACUGAGGAAAUGCUGAAAUACCUGCCGCCUUACCUCCAGGGAGUAGGCGAAACUGUCAGCGAGGUAGAGUGUAACACCUCAGGAGUUUGGCCUGAUUGGGUCAAGGGCACCUUCAUUCGCAUGGGAGUUGGUCGUUUUGUCGUUCCUCUGUCCGAUGACGGCUCAAAGCCUAAUGCAGUAUUACAACACUGGUUCGACGGGCUAGCCAUGCUCCAUAAAUUUCGUAUGGAAGACGGCCGCGUUUACUACACCAGCCGGUACACCGCUGAGGGCGUAAUCAAGAGAGCCAAAAAGAAUGGCUUUUUGCAAACCUUGAUAGCGGGCCUAAAUCCAAAUGCACCGCUCAAGGAUGCUCAGGACCCUUGCUCGGCGCUUCUUGGUGCCCAGCAAUCAGUCUGGAUUCCCACGGGCCACAUUGGCCCCGAUGAGUUUAACGUCAACGUUGUCCUUCGCAGGGCAUUUCAUAUCCCCACACAUGAAAAUCCUUACGACAAAGGUACACCCUCAAAGAGACCGGAGAAGGAAGAGAUCCUUGUCUCCACUGACUUUAACAUGCUCCAGAUCGUUGACGGAAAAACGCUUGAGCCUAAACGCAUGCUAACCUAUGCAGCUAUCGAUCCCGAGCUCGAAGGAUUCGGUAUCUGCUCUCAUGCUCUCAAAGACCGACAUAGGGGUGAGGAAUACAACUACCUCAUCGACCCAAAGACUGGCGUCUUGUCCGUAUUUGCACUCGACCUCAAGACUAACCCUUGCAAACUUUUAUGGAAGAGUCCUAUCCCUUGCAGGCCAUGCUAUGUUCACUCAAUGGCCAUGUCUAGCAAAUAUGUUAUAUUCAUUCGCAAUCCCAUCUCUAUGGACUUAUCGGACACCUCCAAGGGAUUCAUCCAGUCAAUGGUUUAUGAGCCUGACUCCCCUACCGAAUUCUUCGUACUCGACAAGAGCACUGGAAAACACAUCGCUUCAUAUAAUCUCCCAGAUAACAUCAUGUUCUUCCAUACCGUAAACGGCUAUGAUUACGUGGAUCCUCAUACGAAUGAGGUGAAUAUCCACAUUGACCUCUGUGCAUACUCGGAUCGCGUCCCGUUCAACGACUAUCACCUCAGCAACAUCCUAGAUCCUAGUGCGCCAUUCCAAGACGGAGUUUUGGUGCGCUACGAGCUCGAAAGCGUGGGAAAAGUCGAUCCUACCACAUUCACGCAGGCGACAACCAAGGCUGCUAUCGGAAGAACAUUCCUAGAGCUACCACGGAUUGCCAAGAGCGCUUCAAUGGUGCAUGGCUAUCGUUAUGUCUACGGCAUCUCGGGCCAUGGCGGACCAUCCCCCGGAACCAGUGUCCCCAUUGGUCGUUUAGGAAAUGGCUUGAAAGCGGUGCAUUGCAGUUUUCUCAGUCACGUUACCAAGUGCGACUGGGAGACAGGAACCUUCAAGGAAUGGUGGCCGGAGAAUGGGGAGAGUGCGCCUUGCGAGCCUAUUUUCAUCCAGAGACCAGGAGCCAGAGACGAGGACGACGGUAUCGUGCUCACCAUCGUCAUUAAUCGCGAGGCUACUCAUAGCGUUCUUGUUGCCAUAGACGGCAAGACUUUCAGGGAGAUUGCUCGUGCCGAUAUGCCACAAGUCUAUGCUUUAGGACCACAUGGAACUUUCAUUGAGGGAGAAUUUGGUAUCUAG